AUGAUCACAAAUUUCACAUUGGCAUUUAAUCAUUAUAUCUGUUUCCAAUCUUUCGUUCUUGAUAGUUGUCCAGAGUGGUAUCCAUUUUUCUUCUUCCAAUGUCCAUCUUCAUUGGGAUCAGAUACCUUCAAAACAUAUGGUAAUCCGUUCCAGGAAACCUCAACUGAAUUAUUCGCUCUAGAUAGUAGAAUUGUCGUGAAUGACGAAUGUUUGAGACUGUUAUUAGAUAAAGGCGUCCAUCAAUGCAGAGCAUUUUUCUAUGAUAGGUUGAUACACUCGAAAAAAUCAAUUUCUGAACCAAUCACUAAAAAUAAUAAAAUUCCCUUCAAGAAUAAAAAAAAUAAGCAGAAUAAAUCAAGUAAAGUGAAAGAAUUAAAAUCAGAUGUUACUUUAUUCAGUAGACUUCACGUUGUGUCACAGAAUAGAGAUGGUGACCUGACAUUUUUUUUCAAAUUUGAGAAUCAUCCUUAUCCACCCUCACUCGCUCAACUUGGUCAAAUGUACCAUGGCACGGAAUCAGAUUUAUUACGAUGCUUAGACAAAUACAUAACAGUUGAGAGUAAACCAACUGAUGUUGAUGCUGUAUUGAUUGAUGGUGCUGCAUUAGUACACAUACUACAACCCAAGGCUUGCUGUACUUUUCAAGAAUAUAUCUCUCUUAUUGUAGAGCCUUAUAUUCUAAGAAUUUUAGAUACCUCUAAGAGGAUUGAUGUAAUCUGGGAUAUUUAUAUUGAUAAGAGAUUGAAGGCAAGUACAAGAGAAAAGAUGGGAAAAGGGAAAAGGAAAUUGGUAAGAGAAAACACCAGCAUUCCACGAAAUUGGAAUGACUUCUUGAGAGACUCGGAAAAUAAGAAACAAUUGUUCGAUUCAAUUUCCAACCACCUCAAAGACAUGCCAUUACCCGAGAAUACAGUAGUAGUAUGUAAUACAAUUGAGCAAUCAAUAAAAUAA